CUGUCGCGACCGCGUGCCGUGCGCGGAUAUCGUGGAACGCGGCUCUCGGUGCGCCCGGCGGUAGCCCACGGUGUGGUGCGCGUUGGUAGUACCGGAUACAGUAGCCACUGACAGUAACCAUCGAAAUUUCGAGCGGUGACCGGCAACACCGAGGACCGGCCUGAUGACACUCGCGACCAGCGUCGGCUGACAUCCACGCGACCGAUCUCGCGACCAGCGGAUAGGACACCAUUCCCUGGUGGGGGGCGUCUUAGGGGUCUUAAGUGCGCCGAGGCCAGUCAGGAUGGAUAAAGACGUUCGACGGAAGUGCGGGAAAGUGCGACGUGCUCUGUUCCACCUGCUGCUGAUAGUGGGGGGUGCGACAGGCCUGAAGGAUGUGACAAUCCAUGUGCCGGCGAUGGUGCGGUCCGGCGACACAGUGAAGUUGUCCUGCCAUUACGACCUCGAGGGGUCACUCCUUUACACGAUACAAUGGUUCCUCGAGGAGAUCGAGUUCUACCGAUACGCCUUCGGUCUGAAUCCGCCGUACCUCGCCUUCGACAAGACCGGCAUACACGUGAACGUCUCCGAGUCGAACAUGAACGACGUAACCCUCGUCGAUGUGUCCAGGAACCUGACGGGGACGUACAAGUGCGAGGUGUCGGCCGGAAGUCCCAACUACCACACAGGAAUCAAAAGGUCCAGAAUGGAGGUCGUCGACGCUCCAAAAACGGACCCGAUGAUCGACAUCGAGAAGGAGCGCAUAGCGGUGGGCGAGAUAUUCCGAGCGAAUUGCACCACCGGCAGCUCCAGGCCCGCCUCCACGAUUACUUGGAAGCUGAAUGGAGAAAUCAUCACGAACGACAGCAUGCAGUACAGGUCCAGGCACUUGGAGAUCCCCCAAGACGAUGACGACUCGAUGGUGUCGAAGUCGACUAUAGAAUUUAAGGUGACGAGCGACAUGUUCAGAAACGGUCGGCUGUGCUUGCGUUGCACCGCCGCCAUCGCGGACAUCUACCAGGAGUCGACUGAUACCGAAAUCAACGAAGACGCACCCCGUAUAGCGUCUAUUACUGGAGAAUCUCCGCCACGGGGACACCGUAGCAACAGCUCGGCCGGACGAAGCUCAGCCUGGACUACAGCGACGACGAUGAUUCUAGCGUUGAUUGCGACCCUCGUGUUCCUGCUGUCGACCUCGAUGACGAUGUUCGCGGCGACGGUCAGCACGACCGAGGCUCGCCCCGCCGCCGCCGCCGCCAGCAGCAGGUAGCUGGUGGGCGUCAACGAGGAAACCCCUGCCACUGUCUGACCCGAUUACAUCGUCCAUGUAAAACCUAGUAGUCUAGGGCUUCCAGUUAUGUAUGUUACUAUGUAUGGAGUAGAUAGUCGAAUAACAAUGAUUUUUAUUCGAGUGGGCCUGGCCGAACGAAAAGGGAAACGGGAAAGAAGAAAACGGAGUGGGAGCUAGAACUCGGCGAGCAACGGCUGAAUCAGUCGUCGGGCCGGUGUGACGCGAGACAACGCACGUAUUCAUUUUUCGAGCGUGUUUAUCCUUUUUCACGUGAGCAGAUUGCUGACCGAGGUGAACGGGCGAUUGAUCGAUGAUCGCGUGCACCGUCGUUGAUCCGAUUUUCCGGGGCUACUAGGUGAACACGCGGGAAAGGAACGCAUGGAGAGGGUUGAAACGCGUCGUGCAUCGAAACAGCGCGUUGAAAAAGUUCGGCUUCUUCGGCCACGAGGUCCGGAGAAGCCGGAGAACGUCAAACGGUUUGUAAAGCGAAUUUCCAAUUGUAACCUAUCGUACGCAAUAUAACAGUCCCCACAGACACACACACACACACACACGAAACGCGAUACGCUUGCUCGAUUCGAUUCCGUUUCGUUUCGAUUGCUUUCCGUUCUGUGAUUCGUUAGUGACUAACCCUUUGAUCCCCAGCCCACCCUUCAGCCCCAGUGUUCACCGAGCGUCGUGGAUAGAUAAUACGAUUACUACAGGGGUAAUUAAUAUUAAAACUGAUAUGGUUAAACGUUAGCGCAGCGACGGGCGGCGUUUCUGCUCAAUAUCCGCUCCUUUUAAGACGUCUCGGCGUGGAGACGAACGCGACACCAUAGGUACCGAUUUGUAAUCUGUACAAAUUGUAAUAAAUUACCAUUCGAAGUACGUUCGAUCACCGGUCGUUUACGACUCGUUCAUUCUGACCCAUCCUUGGUGAAUGAAUGGUUUGUUUAGGAUAUAAGGUGGCACGUGGGUAUGUGUGUGGUAAAGGGGGCGAAUCGAAUGGCAGGAACAUUGUUUAAAAAUAUAUUGUUACGACAGUAUCUAAUAGGCGACACGGUUAAACACAUUAUCAGUUAAUGACGGAUUGUGAUGUUCGUGUGUUACAGGUGAGCUGCGUGUCCAGGUGUUGACUGGUUUGGAUGAAUCUGUUCUGGAUGAAAGUAUGUACGUGUUGCUUGAAUGUUUGAAAUUUUGGGUGUCCGUUGGUGUCGGUGUGUUAGUGGUGGUGGUGGUGCGAAUGGAGAGGGAACUCUCUGAUACAAUUUUGAAUAUUAACUGCUUAGCAAUAAGUUAUAUCUUGAUUAUACUAAUGAAUUAUUAUUACUAUAGUAUGCUUAGAAAUAAAUUAAUGUAAAUAUAAUAUAUAUCAUGGAACAAUCAUUGGGAAUGCACACUAAGCAUUCAUUAAGAAACUAGUGCAUACGAACGUUCAC